AGGCACUACUUAUAAACAUCUCUUUAAGAGGAAAAUAUUACAUUGAAGGAUCCCCUGUCACCAUGGCUUGUGAAGCUUCUGGGAAACCAUUGCCAGAUGUGGCAUGGAUUAGAAAUGGAGUACUGGAAAGUUCAAGGAAGAAAGCUACGCUUUUAAAGUUCAAUUAUAUAAACAGAACAGAUACAGGACAAUAUACAUGUCGAGCCAAUAACUCAGUGGAAGUCACUUCUAUUGACACAACAAUUGUAGUUCAGUGUAAGUAUAUUUGAACCUUAAUUUUCUAUUUCUGAAUUUACUUUAUUUACAGUGCAAAUCCUGUUACUGGGGUGACAGUUAUCCAGAACUGACAAAUCUGUUCAAAAGUGAAAGGAAACAGAAUUCCACAUCAAAUCCUUUUCGGCUUUGUAUGCAUUGGUCCUAAUUAUUGGUUGGGAUAAUUGAAUUUACGUAGAAUCAUUGCUCAUGUUAUUUUGCAUAGAAGGAUGUGACAUUUUAUAGUAAUUCAUUGCUUCAGUUGGACUGUGUUUAAUUCUGAAAAUGGCUUAAAGCCAUUUCCGAAUCAUUGUGACAUCUCAAAAUUCACUCCGUUUGACUAGUGCACAAGGCUAUUGCAUAUUCUGAUUCUGUGUGAGGGCUCUUGUUGGAGCUUUAUGGAAAGCUGAAAAUUGAUCAAAAUUCUGUCAGCUGAAAAAUUACGUUUUUUUUUUUUUACUGAUAGCUGAGAUCAGCGCAUAGAUGCGAAAAUUGGCUGAAACUAAAACUGCAUGCCUAAGAUUUGCACACAUAUUUGAAACUGGCUGCUUAUCUUGAUACAGGUAAUCCAAACUAUUGUAUCAGAAUUUCCAAUUUCCAAUUUACGAAAAACAUUUACGACAGAAUUUGAAAGCAUCUUAGCAAUUAUACUAACAACAGAAGUUAUUCGCCUCAGGUUUGGUGACGAUUGAUGACACAUAACCUCACAUAAUACACAUAAUACACAUAACCUAAAGAGGCCCUCUUCCUUUCCUUUUUUCUCUUCUCAUUUCGCUUUACGCAAACUGAUCAUAAUCUUUGUCAUAUCAGCAUUUUUUGUUUUAUUUCAGGAUUUUAGUGUGAGAAACGAAGUUUCUUUAAUCAUAUCCCACUGUUUAAUAUAUCAAUAUUGUAGAGAGUUUUUCGUGAUACGAAGAUCUUACUGGUUAUUGACUUUCAAUAGAUUUGGUGCCUCCUAAGAGCCAUUUUUAGCUACCUACAGUGCAAUGUCAAUAGAGAAUUAGGUGGAGCAGGGCGCGGUGGCUCCCAAAAGAGCCGCUUGUAGUAUUUUGUUUCAGCACCUCGAGCCUCGAGCCUCCAACACAGCUGAAACAACCUUUCGCAAAAUAUGUUCUAUGUAUUUUGCACGCUUCUCCGGCGUGACCUUCCUCUCCCAGAACUUCUUUAUACAAUUUACAAGCUCCUGCUUGUUGUGAGGUUUUACUUUUCACUCCAAGUAGAACUUGAGUUCACGCCACAAGGUUUCCAUGGGCUUAAGGUCAGGACUCUUCAGAGGGAGUACACCACCAGUUGAUUUUUUCCUCGUCGAAGAGAGUUUGCGCUCGCCUACUCGUGUGCUUCAGGUCAUUAUCCUGUAUGAACUGGUGCUCGUAACUUUAAUAAUAAUAAUAAACGGAAUAAGCGUCGUCUCUGGAACAUUGCAAAAGAGAUCGGCACCCAUGAUGCCAUCAAAGAUGCAAAUCUUGGUGGCACCCGGUUUACUGAUUCCCCCCACACAUGAACAAUGGAGGGGAGAUCGAGCACUCGUCGCUGAAAAUCAUGUUGUGGAAAGUGUUGCCACUCUCUAAGAUGCGUUGAGCUAGCUCCAGACGCUUGGCUUUUUUGGUGCCACGAAUCAGCUGGCAAUAAACAGUCCGCUGCAUAGUAUAACCUUGCUGCUCUCACGCUCUCGUACCGUGGACGAACUGACGAGAAUUCCACGUUUUGCCGGCCUCUUAACUUAACGGGCGCAAAGUCAUGUUUUAAAAUAAAAAUUUAAAGAACAGAGGAGCAGGUUCUGGCACCCUAAUCAGUUAAUUUUAUCUCUUUAGCGGAAAGUUUUAUUGUAUACCUCUCAAACGUUUUGAAACGCACAUCUAAAAUAAAACAAAAAAGCUUCACGGGCCCGUUAAACUACCUGGACGUCCGAUAAACGGGCCCCUGGUGGGAAAAUUGUCCUCUUGGCGUCAAUACUCUGGGGAUUAUGACGAGAGUAGAAAGGUAGUGCCCUCCACGACGACAGCCAAUAUACUUAGUUAUGUGAAGCCGGUUUAGUUGUCGCCACAUUUCACCUAUUUUGGGCCACAGAAACCCGAUCAAUCUUCAAUGCACUUCUCGUCCUUCGUCUUUCCACCUGAGAAAAUGUGGCAGACUUUUGUCGCUAGCUUUAAAGUAGCGAAAACUUCAGCCCAACAGUCUUCGCAACACUUUCAACCUUUCCGUCAGAUUCACAGCAGUCGUCCUGAACAGCCAUAUAACAGCCCCCAUGAUCACUUGCAACGAAUUGCUCACCAACAUGUUCAGCUAAUGUAAUAUCCAUUGUAUCCCUGUACAAAUAAACAAAUAUUCCUUCAAGUGCAAAGGGUGAAGUCGACCUUUUAUCUUGUUUCGUUGACUUCUUUUUCAAAUAAAAAUUUGAAGGUCGUUUUGUUGCGGGCAAAUUCCGAGGUAAAACGAGUAUCAUUUCACUUUUAUUUAGGUCUUCAGCCAAUGAAAUUAAGGCCUGUUGUAAGGAGGAAAUGCUUUAGAAAAAAUUUGUAGUUGCGCUUAGGUUUAGUUGUUGAUAAUGUAGAUACUUAGAGGAAAUAAACAAAAACUCGGAGUUUUGUUAUUUCAUACAAAGUACCUUCCAAUUCCAAAACGUUUUUCCAUUGGUGGAGAAAGUGUGACAUACAAUUCGUCAAAACUCAUCAAAAGCUCGGAUGCAUCGGGCGAAUUUCUGUCUAUCAGUGCGCAUUUUUUUUCUACAAAAAGUUUAAGCCGUAGAAAACUUCUUUGGUGCCUUCCUGUCAAUCAAGUAAAUUUUAUCUCACUUUAAGAAAGGCUAUUCACACAGAAACCUACCAAAAUAUUUAAUUUUUGUGCUGCAAUCGGGCUGUGAAGACGAAGGACGACAAAGAGAAGAACAAAGAAAAAAAUAGAAUAAAAUAUGAGCAAUAAUUGUCAUCACGAGGCAACAGUUUCCCUAAAGAAUUACAGUUUUUACAUGUUAACAUAACCUUUCCCUCGAACAGAACCUAAAGAAAGGUAUUCAAUUUUAAUGUGAUGGACCUUGUGGUUAUCAAAUAUUUAGUUGUUUGCAAGUGCGCACGAAAUAAUAGAAUUUUAAAUUUUAUUGCAGACAAAAUUUGUUUCGGCAAAGCAGAACAACUUUUGUCACCCUAGUAUGUAGGGUACCUAACCCCUUUAGGCAAACAAAAAUUAGAAGUGUUGGUUUUUUACAAUUUGAAACAAACAGUUUUAAGAAUUGUGUCUAAAAUUUCUAUUUAUUACGAACUUUUUUUUUUGGUCUAAAGUUUAGAACAUAGUGUAAUAAAAAAGUGCAAUAAUUCGGCUGUUGAUUUACUAUGACAAUAUCUAAAACCAUACUAUUCUACCACAAGUACGGUUAUCCAUUUCUGGUUAAAAAAUCAUUUCAAAUUUUUAACAUUUUUGGAUCAGCUAAAAGAGUUAGGUUGACAGAAUAAGGGAACGAUUUAGAAAUCUAAAACCAUAUUUAAAAUAUCGCAUUCAAAAAUAUGUUUUAAGAACUUGAUAACACUUCUUGUUCUUCUCGUACUGGUGUAUUUUCAUUUACUUUCAGCAUCUAAUUACGAUGCUAGUAAGCAGAAAUUGUAGAAAUGAUAUCAAUACAGUAUGGCAAAAUAUCCGGAAUUGUGUCCGAGAGAUCGCCUUCUUUGCAACGUGGUAGAAUUACUAUAGAGGUAUCCAGGAAUUUGUAAUGAAUUCUUACCUUCGUUCAGUUUCCCUAAAGUUUUUCAUUCAAACAAACAGUUUACAUACUAUUGCCCGUGCACACUUAAAAUACUUAUCAUCACAAUUGUAGUUUUCUUUAGCCUGAAUCAGACUCUCAGGAAGUAAAACGAGCCACGAUAGUAUGAACACAACCUGACCAAAAUCUCCCUGGUUUUUCGUUUUGGUUUUUCACUCUGCUGCUGCUAAAGCACUUUGCAACAGCAUAUUUGAGGAAGCUUGGAUUUUUGACAAAAAAAUUAAUUUUUGGUGGUGGAGUCGAGCCAAAAGUCCGUGAUGAUUUUGAAGAUGCUCCUCUACCUAGAGGCAUCUAGCUUAUGAGGCCCUUGACUUAAGAUUUCUCUUAGAUUGAUGAAGGGAGGCUCUGUUCCUCAGGAAUUUCUUAUAUAAAUAUAUCAUCCUGGUACCAAUUGAGGAAAAUAAGGAAUGUCUUAGAUUCAAAUUGGGUUUCCGCUUUUUUGCGAGAUGAGAUCCUCUCACGUGUAGCGUCUAGGGCACUGUUGUACACGUCUCCUUUCUCAAAUCCAAGGAUUUUCAUCAAAAAUUUUUCAUGAGCGACAACGUUUUCAUGUCCGUUAAAAUAUAAAGCUGGACUUCACAAAUUGCUCAUUUUUAUUAAAAGAGAAUUUGAAAGUAGCUAUCCAAGUAACAACAUAGAUGGUGUUAUUUUUCUUGCCGCAGUAAUGCAAUUAUUUUUCAGUGUGCAAUGUGUAAGUUAAAGUGUUUUGCUUAUAGUCAGCAUUCUAACCAUAGGUGAAUGUCUUGCUACAAUUUUCCAUCUCAAAAGCGUUAUAUUUUCUGCCCAAGGCACUCCAUGGACCGAUACAAGAUUAACCCUUCCUUGUUGCAUUAUCAUGCACUCUCUAGGCUAUUGAAAGGGGUUAUGAUUUAUAACUAGGCGAAAUGUAUGAGCGAUGAAAUAAACUGAGAUUGAGAUUUUGAUUUGAUUUAAAUUUUUAGACAAACCUGAAGGUGCGAGGCUCACGACCGAUGCUGCACAAAAUACCGUCACUGAAGGAGACACUGUUACAUUCAAGUGCAUAAUUAUGGCUGCUGUGCCACAAGUGUCAAUUUACAAGUUCUAUUUCAAUGACAGCCUCUUACGCGAGAACAGCAACAGUGAGUAUACUCUCAAUAACGUCAAUCGAUCUCAGCACUAUGGCGAGUACAAAUGUAUCCCACAUAAUGACGUUGGAGAUGGAGCAAAAGCCACUGUGAGACUUAACAUAAAGGGUAAGUAGAAACAUAUUUGAGCAUUUUUAAGUACUUUUGAUUUAUAAUCCAAAACAGGAAAAAUGUUUUAUACUAGUUUACAUUGCGUCAAUAAAACUCCCCACACAGUGAAUCAUUACAACCCCGAACAGGGAGGAAUAGAGACCCUGGUAAUGAGGUUGACGUGUUGUGCGUGACGAUCAACACGUGUACUAGUUAGCAGUAUUUUCAGGCAGAUGAAGACUUUUGUUAAUGUUCCUGAUGUUUUGAACAGAAUUUCGAGGAUAGGGAAUGUUUUCUUCAGAUGUAGUGUAUGAUGUCAGUAUCAGUUGAACUGAUAUGUUGUCAAAGUGAAUUCAAAUAUUGGUUUGCGAAAAUGAGCCAAAAUUAAAAAAACCACAAUGAACAACCUCGAGUCAAGAUAUCACCAGUCAAUUAUAUGCUGCCUUCAAUCCUAAUAAGCCUGGGAAACUGCAAGUGGUGUUUGACUGCACAAACCGAUACAAAGGGACAUCGCUCAACGACCAAUCACUCAGUGGUCCAGACUUGACUAACAGCCCGCUUGGUGUCGUCUUAAGAAUUCUUCAUGAGCCAGUACCUCUCUCCUCAGGCAUUGAAGCCAUAUUCCAUCAAGUAAUGGUUGAUCCAAACGAUGGUGAUACCUUGAGGUUUGUUUGGUGGCCUGACGAUGACUUAUCUAAGGAGCCUGUUGAGUACACAUUUUUGGUGGCACGUCUUCACCAAGUUGGAAAAAUUUUGGUCUUCGAAAGGCGGCUCAAUGAAGUGAUCAACACAGUAUUGAAGAACUUUUAGGUGGAUGACUGUUUUAAAUCGGUGUAACCAAUGAACUCGCCAGUAAAUUGAGAGAAGAUUUGUGUGUCCUAUUGUCAAGAGGUGGAUUUCAAUUGGCUAAAUGCUUGUGUAACAGGAGGCAAGUCCUCAAAACCAUUCCAACCUCAGACAGAGCUUCAUCAAUUUUGGAUUUGUGUUCAAAUUCUUGUGUGCUUCCUAUUGAAGUAACCCUUGGUGUUCAGUGCAACAUGGAUAGCGACAUGUUUACUUUCAAGAUGGUACUAAAGGAUAAGGCCUUCACACGAAGAGGGAUUCUAUCAGUGAAUAGCUCCAUUUAUGAUCCACUUGGCAUAGUAUCGCCAAUCACCUUACUCGCUAAAAAGCUCCUUCAAGAUCUCUGCAAACAAGGACUCACCUGGGAUGAAGAGAUAGUGGGAAAGUAAUGUCAGUUUUGGAGAUGAUGGCUAUGUGAUGUACCUAUGCUUAUAAGAGUUGCCUUACCAAUAUGUUUGAAAACAAUCGACUUUGGCUGGGUACAAAAUGCAGAGCUUCACCACUUCGCAGAUGCCUCUCAGAUUGCUUAUGGGACUGUUUCAUAUACAAAACUCGUCUUUGAAAAUGGCCGCACCCACUGCAGUCUCCUCGCUGGGAAAUCUCGCUUGGCUCACGUGGAACAGAUGACUAUACCCAGAUUGGAAUUGUCAGCUGCUGUUUUAGCUGUCAGAAUGAAUCAGAAGUUCAACACAGUGUUUUGGUUAGUCUCCAGGGCUGUCCUCCAAUAUAUCACGAGCAAAGAGACAAACGAUUCUACAUGUUUGUGGCCAAUUGCCUGACAGUGAUACAUGAUGGCUCAGAACCUUCCCAGUAGAACUUUGUGCCAACAAGCAUCAACCUAGCUGACGAUGCCAGCCGAGGACUAACGGUAAAGGAGUUAUUAAAGAGGGAGGUUUGGUUCAGAGGCCCUAAGUUUCUCUAGGAAAGUGAAACAUCGUAGCCCACCUAUCCAGUCUCUUUAGUCAGACCGAGCGGUCAGGGUCAAGCUCGAACAAAGCAUGUUACUCUCAUAGAGGGGACCUCAUGAAGGACCACUGAACCUAAUGGUUCUGCAAUAUUCGUCAUGGUUUAAGCUUAAGAAGGGAGUUGCUUGGAGUCUGAGAUUUUAAAAAAAUUCCUUAAGAGCAAGAGGUACUUACAAGAGGAUCCUGUUGAUCCAUUACCUUGUGGACGACUGUCGAUGGACGAAUUACGACAUGCAGAGGCUCAAAUCAUCACAUACGUGUAAAAAUUAGCUUUCUCGCCAGUGUUUAAUGCCCUCCCAGACUUGAGCCCAGGCGAAUCUGAGAAGCGUAAAUCGAAGAUUAUUGGCUCAUUUGGUUCAGUGUACAAAUUGAGACCAUUUCUGGAUGGAGCGGGAAUAUUGAGAGUCGGUGAUCGGCUUCAAAAUUCUUCAUCAGAUUACCAAUCGAGACAUCAAUUGCUGUCACCUUCAAAGCACCAUGUUACCAAACUGCUCAUUAUGGAUGUUCAUUAGUCUGUGGGUCAUCUUGGUCAAGAAUAUGUCCAGACCAGUUUGAGAAAAAAGUACUGGAUCUUUAAUGGACGGGCUGCUCUUUGAAGAGUACUCAGUAACUGUUUGACAUGCCAAAAACAAAAUGCUGCAAAGGGCCAACUAUUGAUGUUAGAUUUACCUGGCAACAAGCUUAUUCCAGAUAAACCCCUGUUUUCUAACGUUGGCAUAGAUUCCUUUGGCCCACUGUAUGUGAAGCAAGGCAGAAGUACAGUUAAAAGCUAUGGUGUCUUUUCUCUUGCUUAACUAUCCGAGCAAUCUACAUUGAAGUGACCGAGUCUCUGGAAACAGAAUCGUUUAUUCGCGCUCUAUGCAGAUUCAUCAGCAGAAGAGGGACGCCAAAAAUGAUAAGAGGUAACAAUGGUAUGAACUUAAGUAGCGGAGAGAGAGAAAUCCCUGAUCAUCAUCAGAAGAUCAUCAAGAGGAAAUUUAAUUUCCCUGAAGUAUCACACAUGGGAGGAGUCUGGGAACGUAUGAUUCGUUUAGUGAGAAAGAUCUUAAGAGCCCUUUUUAAGCAACAAUUGGUUUUGGAGACGCACUGCCCACGUUGAUGGCAGGAGUUGAUGGAAUUCUCAAUGGUUGACCAUUGACUCUUAACAAUGGCAUGCAGUCCUAUUGAUUCACCAUCUUCGACUACUGACCAUUUGUUACUUCGAUGGCAUUUAAAUUUGCCACCAGGAGUCUUCGUUAAGAAUGAUUUGUACUGCUAUCGUCGCUGAAGGUUGGUUCAAUACCUUCCUGGCGUAUUUUGGAGGAGAUGGUUUUCGUAAUAUCUGUUAAAUUUGCAAGAACGGCAGAAAUGGAUCAGACCACCUCAUAGUUUUGCUGUUGGUAACCUGAUUUUAAUUCCUGAUGAAAGAGUUCACCCCAGUCGGCGGCCUUUGGGUCGCGUUCUCGAAGUUCACCCAGGAAGGGAUGGAUUUAUCCGAUCCGAUCGUCCAAUACUUAAAGUAAACCUAAGGGGUUGGAAUGUAGCAACUAGAAUUUGAAUUUCUGUCUAUUGUCAAGUAACUGCGGAAAUAUUUUAUAUUGUUUUUCUUUCAAUUGAACUACUGUUGUGAUGUUCUGUUUCGAUUCAAUUAAGCCCGCUUUUUUGCAUGAGGUUGUGUACGAAUUACGUAAUGCUUGUAGCACUUUAUUUCUUGCUAGUACAAGCUUUGUUUUAGUUACAUACUUUUCAUUAAUAAUUGAUUUCAGACAAGUCAGUCUUUUCGUUAAUUUUUGCUAGCGCCGUGUAACUUUUGUUUAAGAGUUUCAUUACCAGACCUGAUUACGCCACAAAUUGUAAGUUCGUUUCUUUCUUAUGUAGCUCUGUCGUUAGUCUUGUUGUUAUAUGUGUACUUAGGUAUUUGUAUUAGUAUUCUAUGUUCUAUUGAGUUUAACACUAAAAAGGUCAGUUUUGCUCUAAGAUUUUAUGGACCUCUCUGUAGUUCUCUGACAUUUUGGGUACUUUUUAGUGAUAGUGUUGACAAUGAUAAUAAUUAUAAUGAGGAUGAUAGUGAUAAUAAUAUCAAUGAUAAUAAUGUUGGUGACGAUGAUAUGAAUAAUAAUAACAGCUCUAGGAAGUAUAGUCUAUCAUACCCUGAACCUCCGUGAAAAAAAUGACUUAAGCUAACGUAUUAUCAUUAUCAUGUUAUUUGAGGUUGGUAUGAUGAUGACAUAAAAUUUAAAAUUGCUUGUCGAUCAUUUUAAAACGUAUUUUGUUUUUUCCCAGUUCAAACAGUUUCAAGUACAGUUGCCACCUCAUCCCAAACAACUCCCGCAGGUAAAUGUUCUUUUAUAGGCGUUUUCUUUUUUACAUGUAAAACUAUGUAAUCAUAAUAGCAUGUUCUUUAGUGUUACAAAAUGAGUUUGAGUAAAAGACAAAGAGUGAAUUAGGUCACUGAAGGCCUGGAACUUGGCGAAGGACUGUAGACUCACAAACAGUCAUAACAAUGUUCAAGCUGAAUUAUUGUUAGAUGGAACCACUUCUCGGCAGUUUUUGUGAACCAAGGCUCUUCAUGUUUUUCGUAAAUGUAAAAGGACACGGCUUUUCUUCAGCUCCAGAAAGCACAGAAGUUUACCUGACAGCGACGAUACAGGAGAACUGUAGCAGACGUUCAGAAGUUGCUGCGAAAUUUCCAGAAAUGGUUAGAUAAUCUACUUGAUCCGUGUACCGGAGUGUAUAGAAUACUGCCAUAAUAUUUGUCAUUAAAAGGGAAUCUUAAUCAAUCUAUUGUUGACCGAAAUCUCAAUAUUUCUGUUAAAACAAAAAGACAUUUUGAACGAUCUUCAAUAACGAAACAAGUAUUCAAAUUUACAUUUUUUUCUUUAAAUGUGCUUUUAGGCUUGUCAACUUGCCUUUAAGUUUGGCUGCUCAUCCGCCAACACCGUGAACACCAGGUAAGGUGCAGUUUGUCUCAACACUGAAACAACAAACGCUAACGCAAAUCUGUGUUCUGGGGCGGAGAGGAGCUUUAUCUCAGUUUGGCGUAUUUUAGUGUUAAAAUUGGUGUUUCUGCUCUAAAAAAUCUUAGUUAAUGCAAAAUAAUCUACAUUUGAAGUACAUUUUAUUUAAUGUACAGCAACAGAUUGACACAGAAUGACAAGAAUUAAUUUUAUUUACCUUGGUUUAUUAGAUCAAAAAUACUCUUUUGGUUAAAUCUCAAUGUAUUUUAACACUUAAAAGUCACCAAAGUACAAAUAGAAUGCCGAAUAGAGAACCGUGCCGUAAAGAGCACGAUGCAUAAAUUAUGACUGAUUAUGCAAUUGAAGCCGAGUGGUUACUCAAUUUUUGUCACACAAGGUGCGCCUUCGUCGAAUUGCUCUCGUUGUAAACUCUGUCCUUUCGGUAACAUACUUUGUUUGGCGCUGGAUUCUUUCUAAUCUUUAGGCUACUCAUUUAUAAUAAGUCAAAACAGACCACAAGACGCCUAUAUCCCCAAGUGUAACGUUGCGUAACUUAAGUACUGAGGUUCUCCUAAUUCAUAACCUGUUUAACUAUUUCUCAAGGGAGAGAUAAAAAAAUAUUAGGAAUAGGAAAUGUGGUUAUAUUCUCCAAAGGCGACAAAUGUUUGAAUAGGUGAAGAAUGUAAAAGCGGAUGAAGAAACUACUUGCAAACCUAAAUGAACUCUUCCCACGAUUUCUUUUUGUGUAAUACAGACUGUAUAAUCAGUCAUAACUUAUGCGUCUUACUCUUUUCGGCACGGUGUUCGAUUCGGCAUUUUACAUCCUUCCCCCCUUACCUAGGUGUGGUAGUGUUGUUCACGACUUCAUGAUGAGAUUCAAUCGAAGUGUAGUCGUCAGCAAUGUUUUGACUGUCCUGUUGGAUGCUGCAAGGCAAGAGAAAUUCGGAGGUUUCAAAGUCGAUCCAGAAUCAAUUAAACAAGUUUUUAUAACCACAGACGGCUCGGAAAGCACAACAAAAAGUAUGUUUUACAAAGAAAUAUUAUUGUUAAGUGUUUACACGUAUUCGUCCGAAGAUGGAAAUUUUUAAUUGUAUUCCGUAUCUGUUUAAUUAAACAAGUCAUUUCUGUGAGUCAUAUAUUUCCAAGUUUUAUUUUCGUCGCUGUUGUUGUUUUUAUAAAAUUAAACAAAAUCUUACUUUUAAAAAUUAUUAUAGAGAGAGUAGCACCUUGCUUUUCCUUAGUACCUAGCCAGUUCGAGUUAACGGUUUUCGUUCUAGAGCAUAAGCUAUGUAGUGAGAGCAGUGUAUUGACCACGAUCACUGUAAAUGUUGUUUGAAUGUUAUCUGAUCAAGCUUUGUAAACUGAAUCAUUUUAGGUCCUGAGGAAUGUAACUGCCCUUCUAACAACGUCUCGUUAGCCAUAAAUGGGGUUCUUGCCUUCACAAUCGUUCUUCUAAUUAUUUACAUAAUCUGGCUACAUAAGAAAGGUAGGUAAAAAAUUCAUAAUCUAUGAUAGAGGGUUUGGCUGCAAGAUUCAUCAUUAAGCAAAAGCAAAUCUUGACCCACAUCCACAUCAUUUGUCUUUUUUUUCCUUUCGUUCUUUUUCAGGCGCUGUUGGGAAACAGAGGUAAGAAUUUGGCACUUGGAUUGUGUCGAUGUAAUGUUCCAGAUAUGGUAUCAUCGUAUAACAAACUUCCACUUAAACUGAUUCUUUGCUCAAAAUAAAUAUUUUUAUGCUUUCUCAAUUGUAGGACUUAUGAAGAUGAAAGAGGUGUUUCCUACGUAAGUUACAGCUAAGACAUUGAGGUCAUGUUAGUGUGGCCAGUAAUUAUGUAAUCUCACUUUACCUCUACUCUCUAGAAGGAAAUAAACGCUUGCAACAAAUAGGAAGGAAAAAAGGUGUAGUUCUACCAAAAAGGCAUAAUGCAUUAAUGACAGGCACAAUAAAAUAUGGGAGAAGUUUGACUCGAUAGGAUCUUUGUCCUGGGAUCAUGUCCUUUACCAAGCUGCUCCAUCGAUUUUCCUUCGGUUGUCCCUGGUUAAACUGCGUGGUUUCACUUCAUAGAUCACAAACUGGUCUGCACCCGGUUGAUAUUUGUUUUGUAAAUGAUUUUUUUUUCACGCCGUUUUGGCCGUCUCUUUAUCUUGAUGCCUUAUUUUCCAAGCGUUAGUCCAGGAGCUUAGUACAGCAAGAGUUUUUUUUUCGUGUGUGCAUUUGUCAAAAAAUCGCACUACCAAUCGACGAUCUUCAUGUUGCGGUUUGUAGCUUCAACGAAUAUGCCAUGAACCUCGAUCACUGCAUUGGACAUGAUAGUUUCAAUGGCAGAGAACAAAGUGUUAGUAAUAAUAAACAUUAGUAAUAUUUAAGGACAAGAGAUUAUAAACUAUUAAUAAUUAUAAUAAUCUCUUGCUAUGAAAUAAUAUAAACGCUUGUCUGAUGAAAACGGGUAAACUGAUUUUUAUGAAAAUGUAGGAAAUUUUAUUGGGAUUAAUAACAGAUUUGUAUAUGAAUACCUUAACGGUAUGUUGGUUUAAUAGAAUGAAACAGGAUUAGAAGAUAGCGAACCAAGUCUACCCGAUUCAGCAAAACUCACUCAGCCUCCUGCGGAAUACAUGGAUCUCAUAGAAGUCAACAAACAUGAUAGAAAAGCACAAAGUACCGCUUCAGGUGCUGAUUACGUGCCUCUUCAUCCGUUAACACGCUGCUGGGAAGUUCCAAGACACCACGUGACCAUAGAAAAAAUUAUUGGUAAAGGUGCUUUUGGUCAGGUUGCCAAGGGAACAGCAGUAGGACUUCAAGGGAGUCCUGAAGCGACCACAGUGGCUAUUAAGAUGCUUAAAAGUGAGUUCUUGAACUGUAAAUUGAAUGACAGUCUUGGCCUACAGUCAUAUACUGUUACCGGGUUACGUAACUUUUGGCUAUUUGUCAUUCGAUAACUUAUGUCGCUAUUCGACAUUUUGCAUAUUAUUUCCGUUAACCAAAUUUUACUCCUUGUUUUUAACGCUCCAGCAAACGCUACUGAAUCGGACAAGAGAGAUUUGAUGAAAGAACUUGACACAAUGAAGCAGCUGAAACCACAUCCUUAUGUCAUUAAACUUCUGGGAUACGUUACAGAAUCUGGUAAGCUUUGAUUAUGAGGUCCAAUUUUGCUGUACACAUUUUGCAUCUGAUUUACUCUGUAACGCUUUCUCGUCAUUGAUAAUUUGCUUCAAUGGAAGAUUCACUGCUUCACAAUCGCGCACAACAAACAACCAUCGCAUAUGGUAAUUUUAUCCUUUUUUAGCUAACAGCGACGCUCUUGGAUUUGCUGAUAGACGAAGACCAAAUAUUUGCCAUUGUACAAGCCAUUCUGUUGUAUGAGCAGAAUCGUUUUUUCUAAGGGAAUAUUUGGCCUGUAUCUUCUUAUGAGACCGUUACAAAGUUUUUCAGCUUUUCUUCGCAAAACUACAUCUUGUUUUCGUGCGAUUUCUUCAAAAGUAUUGAACCUGACUGUGCUAUUAAUUUAUUUUACUUAUUGCUAAUUUUUUUAGAGGGAGAAAUAUGUAAAUGAAACUGUUUAAUUUCUUCAGAACAGCUGCUGGUUUUGAUUGAAUAUGUGCCUUUUGGGGAUCUGCUGGGUUACCUGAGAAAGAGCCGUGGAUUAAAAGACACUUACUUCAAAGACCCGGAUAUCAAACCACAAACAAAUCUGACGUCACAGCAGCUGAUGAAGUUUGCUUGGCAAAUUGCUGAUGGAAUGAGUUAUUUGUCCUCAAAAUCUGUAAGUUAAUUACACAAUUAAGGCACCAAAGAAGAACAAUUUUAAAACCUUCUUGUAAGGUGUAUCGUCAUGUGAAGCUAUGUCUUGCAUAGAAUAAUAUGUCUUCACAAGAUCACGCCCGGGAUAUGCAAACUAUUCUUACCGUCUCGUUGAGGCUGUUUCCGGGAACCCUACCAGUUUUGACGUCAUCACCAAAGUUAUAUUUCAGUGUGCGAAUGGCGAUAUUUGUGCAUCGCUGCAAGUGCACUUCAUCGAAAUUAAAUAUCUGGGUUUUUCUCGUGUAGGCAAAGGCAGAGAUGUGAAUGAAUAGGAUCUUUUAUUCAGCCUAAACUGAGUGUACAACGAAUAUCCAUUUUAGUGACAAGAAAGAAAAGGAAUUAAAACUUGAAAUUCAAAAAUUCGUCUUUGGUUGCUAAACUGCUACAUUACAGAAUCCUAUUUCGAAUAAAAUCUUAAGAUAAGCUUUCUAUGAAAUAAUUAGGUAUUGCAGAAAUGAAGUAGUUUGCUUCCCUUUGGAAGAUGGAGCAGUAACUAUAGUAAUUUUAAUUUUCUGCCAUCUGGAAGAAAGAGAAAUACACACACCAUAUUAUGUCGCUGGAUAUUUCUAUUUUCCUAUCUGAAUCAUUUCAUUUCAGUUCUUUUUCUUCUGAAAUCGCUAAUUUUUGCUCUCGUAUCAAUGCUUUUUUAGAUCAUUCACCGAGACCUUGCGGCUCGUAAUGUGUUGGUUGGACAAAAGGAAACUUGUAAAGUGACCGACUUCGGAAUGGCCAGAGAUGUGCAGAAGGAAAAUAUUUAUGAACGUAAGACUAAGGUAAUCAAGAAAGAGGGGAGGUGGGGGCGGCACUAUAUAUGGUUCAGUUUAAUUAUCUUUCACAAUCAUUGUUGUGAUAAAGCUGAUAUACUCCUGAUUUCGAUGACAAAAUCCUUGGAUGGGACCAUAAUGAAAACAGCCAUUUGUAUACGAGUAUAAUUUUAAAUAUCACUGUCUUUGACCGGUCGCUUCCUAUAAUUUUUUUAGCUGUUUCAAAAAGUGAUAUUUGAAAUCUUUAGGGCCGUCUUCCAGUGAAGUGGACAGCUUAUGAGGCCUUGAUGUAUGGUAAAUAUACCACCAAAAGUGAUGUGUAAGUAUACCCGAUUAUUACCCGUAGCAAUUUUCCAACAAGUUUUACCAAUAGAAUAAGAGGAAGGGUAAGUUUUGGGCUCGGUAAUGAAAUAGAGAAAGAUGUUUUUCAUCCUCUCACGAGCGUUGGACAAUGAAAAUAUUCUUCACUCCCCAUGAGGAAUCGAACCUCAGACCAUCGGAUUCCGCGCUCCGAUGCUCAUACCACUGAGCCACAGAGACUCUACGACUCUACUCUCUUGCAUACUGCAAGGAUCAGCAAUGUCGAUAGAGUCAUGUUUGUAAAUAAAAAUAAGAGAGAGAAUCGGAGCGCGGAUUCCGAAGGUCUGAGGUUCAAUUCCUCGUGGGGACUCAAAAUUUUUCCUUCGUCCCACAAUCGUGACAAGACGAAAAACAUCUUUCUCUAAGUUUUAUCAGUUUCAAUCAGGACAUGAAUUCUAUGCUUUGUCAAAGAAUACAUAUAUUUUAGUUGUCGUAUAAAAUGUUUAUGUCUUCAGUCACCCAAUAUAUAUUUGUUUGAUUUGUCUUUCUGCAGAUGGAGUUAUGGGGUUUUGCUGUACGAGAUUUUUACCAUAGGUAACAUCGAUGGAAAUUUAUAAGGCCCUGUAUAUGUUUUUUGCUAUAUACCAUGUUCAAUUAAGCAAUGUAAGGUGUUCACUUAGACAAACGUAAUGAGCUUCAAACCACAUCAAAUGACAUGGGUGGUGUUUCAGUAAAGGUCUUUUUUUCGUCACAUUUAUAUUUCGAUGGUCUUAUGGCUCUUCCAGGUGGUUCACCUUACCCACGAAUGGAUGGAAGAAAAAUUGCAAACUUACUUCAGGAAGGAUACAGGAUGCCUAAACCACAUCACGUUGAUGAGGAAUUAUAAGUGUUUUUUCAAUUCGUUCUCUCUCAUCCUACAAGGAAACGUUCUUUAAAUCUCUAAUAGAUAAUUUGAACAAUACCAGGUAUCAGAUUAUGAUGAAAUGCUGGAAGAAUGACCCAGAUGCAAGACCAACUUUUACUGAAUUGAAAAAUCAGCUUAAGGACAUGGAAACCCUACACAAGGUGAGAAUUUUCUUCAACAUGAAAGUUUCUUUUCACGUUAGACCGACUAACUUAGGCUUAGCUAAUUAGGGUUUUAAACUUAAUAGCGUUUAGCUUAGAUAGCGUACUUUUUACGAAGUUGGGAUUGCAUCUUCUUGUUAUGUCACUGAAGCUAGCACUCCACGAAAAAGCGAACUAGAAUGUCCUUGCGACAAUUGACUCAUUAUGGUUAUUUAAAAUAUGGUAGGAUUAUUGCAAAAUUGUAUUGAGACGCACAAAGAGCAGCAAACGACACCAUAAAAUACUUUCUUGAAUUUGUUUUGAUGUGAAAAGCUGACCACUUGGGAGGAUAAACGCUUAUAACGUAAGAGGAACACUUUUUUAAUGAUGCAUCAUAUGCCGAUUAUUGUAUUAUUCUUUUCUGCAGAAGCUGAUCAACAUGACAAUGUACGACGAGCAGUUGUAUGCAAACGUCGAGGAUUUAAUGGUGUAGUUAGAUAGAUUUCCGCGGUAUAUGACCGGCUAAUAGUUUGAACACUUUGCCACAACAAGUUUCAGGGCUGAAUCAUCUUGUCCUCGCACGCUUACUUGGUAGAAAAAGCCAUUUUGUGUUAAGCAAUUAGGCUGGAACGUUAUAACUCAAUUGAUUUUAUAUUCUUAAACGCUGUAACGCUUUUAUCAGUUUACCGAUAAAGUAUACUCUCAUUUUCUCUUUUACAUGUUUAGCACUUACACGCAUGCUCGACACAAGCGUUGGAGUUCAGUUUAUUUUCUGACUCAAUUCUGAAAGGCAGGACAGCGUGGAAAAUAAUCCAAUUAAUUAGAUUGAUGGGAUCUCGCUUUGAGUGCCAUAGUUGCCGCAAAAGCCGCUUGUUUUUAGGAAAGCUAUCGGGCGCAUAAAUUGCUUUCCCUAAGACCACACUUUCCUGCGAUACCAACUCGAAAUACUUUUACAUUGAAAGUAUUACUAAAAUUAACGGUAUUCUUAUAAAAAUUAUACUUGGCGCAUAAAUUGCUUUCCCUAAGACCACACUUUCCUGCGAUACCAACUCGAAAUACUUUUACAUUGAAAGUAUUACUAAAAUUAACGGUAUUCUUAUAAAAAUUAUACUUGGCACAUUUCUUAUGCAAUCGUCGAAACUUUGGGAUAUGAAUUCACUGAAAAUUUUAUCUAAAGUUUUUGAAGAUUUUUGCCAAGAGGGAAAAUGACUUUUUUCUAACAUUUCUGUGGGAAACAAAAUGUUAAACUUUGUGAAAUACAAGGUAUGGUAGGACUAAAAGAAACUAAAUUUUAAGAUUUGAAGUUUUUGGUAAAGCAGAAAUGGUUUUGUAAGGAAAAAUGAGUAAAUUUGUUAAAGAGGAACAUAUGACUUUUUUUACCAAAUCCGUCACUCUGUACGAUAUCACGAGUCCAGCUCUGAUACAAAGAUUUUGUCAUAGGUGAGCUUAGUUGUUGUCUGUAGUGAGAUUAAGUAAGUUUACUAAGGAUAAUUCUGUAUUACUCUUAGGAGUCGUUCCUUGGUAAGAAUAUUGCACGCUGUUUGAUAAGGUAGUUGAAUUGGUAGGGGUGUCAUGAGUGUUAUUUCUGUCGUUUAACUGCUGUGUUCACCGGUUAACUUUUGAUAUACUCUUGCAAAAUAUCCAAUCAUAACGAGAACCCUAAAGAGGGUCUUUAGCCACUUCUCUUGCACUUCGAUAGGGGUGUCACUUAACUUCGGAGACUUACGCAGGUAGUCUUGAGUCAGGACUGACUGACCAGGAUUAAUCAUAAGUCGCGUAGUUUGAUGUAAAUGUCCUUUUUUGUCAAUAGACGUUUUGAUCUAAAACAUUUGCUAUAGUUAUAGCGUAUAGGAAUAAAAUGAAACUCUGUACCAUGUGUAAGACUCGAGUACUCCUCGAUCUCUUUGGGAAUCUUAUCGAUGUUUAU